AACUUUCAGAGGAGCAGAAACCUGCAGACGUAUCACUUACAACAAGAUACAAAUUUCACCUCCGCGAUGCAGAGAAGCCAUAACAACUCCAUAUUCAAGUCCAUGUUGUCUUCUACAGAUAAAAGCCACCGCGAAUCAGCUACUUUUAGUGAAGUUGUUGGUCAAGCCAAAGUCCUUGUGCUGUUCGUUUGCCUUGUUGUUUUGACAUUUUUGACAUUAGUUGGAAAUACAUUGGUCUGUCGAACUGUUUAUUCAACACGACGAUUCCAUAAACCUGGAUUUUAUUUUGUUGUUAGUUUGUCGGUUGCAGAUUUUUUAGUUGGAUUGCUGGUAAUGCCUGUUUCUACUGCUUAUUACGUUACAUUUGCCAUGACGGGGAAGUGGAUAUUUGGAAUAGCUCUCUGCGAUGCAUGGUCCCUCGCAAACUUGUGGUUCUGCAUUGCAUCAAUUUUCAGCCUCUGYGCAGUCACGUGGGAUCGCUACGUAGCUAUAAAGUCACCUCUCCAUUAUAGUCUACGCAUGCGCACUAAGCAAGUCACAAGACUGAUCGUUGCUAUAUGGCUGACGUCUUUUAUCGCUGCCCUCCUCAACUGCUACGGACUUAAAACCUCGCCAACACGGAUUUUAUGCGAGGUACAAGGCAUACCGCUACAGUACACGAUUCUUGACUUCAUUCUUGUCUAUCUGUUCCCUUUAACAACAAUUGUGUUUGUGAACAUAUUUAUCGCUAAAGCCGUUUCCGGACAAUUGAAACGCGUUCAGCAGCAGUAUAUUCCUCGCUCUAUCAACGACGUUGUCGAAAUGGGCCAAAUUUCUAACACAGAUUUUGCCUCCAAUCCACCAAAUGUUAGAGCUCCUGGAUUUAAUUUGGGAAAAGAACGAAAUAUUAAACACGAAAUCAAAACAUUUCGCACAUUUUUGAUUGUAACGGGAUCAUUCUUUGUCAGUUGGUCGCCAUUUUUCUUCAUUCUUUUGGUAGACCCGAUUUCUAAGGUCGAUGGGAACAUAAUGUACAUUUGUGUGAUACUUACUUAUAUCAACAGUGCGUCUAACCCACUGGUUUAUGGUAUUUUUAAUGAGACUUCAGGCAGGCAAUGCUUGCAAGUUUUAAAAAUUGCCGAUGUACAAUUAUUCAAUGAUUUGGGCUUCCUGUGUCAAGUAUGACCGAGCUGAAGAGUGGACUAAAUCGACUGGCACAAAAAAAGUGCUUAGCAACUGAGCUUUUCUCUAAAACUAAUUCUCCUUGUAUGCUAUCUUUCUUUGAAAACUGACCAAACUGGUGACUAAAAGGGGUAGGGRUGGGAGUGGAAAAUCCCCCUCCCCCUCCCCCCCAGUUAACACAAAUUUAGGAACUUCAAGGCUAUUAUAGCUAGUAAAUUUGCUGAGUUUUGGACUCAAAACUACUACUAAUCUGUUAACAAAUAUGGAAAAUGAUACAGUUCGGAUCCACAUAAUGCUUCAAUGCCAACAAACUAUAAAUGGACAUGGUCCACCGGCAUCCAUUUUCAAGCUUUUGCCCUUGUUUGAAAAAAAAAAAAAAA